AUGGGUUUGUUUAAGAGGAAAGAUUCAAAACAUUCAAUUCACAGCGAGGAGGACCAGGAUGCCCAAUCGGCGCACAGUACACGCAAUUCAACAGCCUCCUUAAGGUCGUCUGCGAUCAAAUCAACCGGAAAUUUGCCGGUGUCAAUUCCAGAAGUCCCAAUCUCCAAGCCUCCUGAUCCAAGUCUCGACCCAGCUGCCUAUCUACGAAGUAUACAUGCCGUUCGCGAGCGCUCCAGGAUUGUGCUUCAAAAAGCCAGAGCAGAUAAGUUGACACAUUUUGAUGUGGAUAUGAGCAAAUUUGAAGCGACUGCGCAAUAUGUCGUUUCCAUUAUAAAGCGAGAUUAUGCUCCCGACUACUCGUCAAUCCCUCCGCACGGCCGUUGGCAGCAUUUUGAUGUCGGUGGAAGGCCGCGAAUCGACCAGCUCCUACAAUCAUGGCCCAGCACAAUCGAUCCCACGGAACGAACCAGAAGAUUAAUCGACCUAUUUUUGAUAUCUGUCUUGCUAGACGCCGGCGCAGGAAACAAGUGGACGUACAAGUCUAAAGAGUCCGGAAAGGUGUUUUCGCGAAGCGAGGGCCUUGCCGUGGCAAGCCUGGAAAUGUUCAAGACGGGUUUAUUUAGCAGUGAUCCUACUGAGCCAUGCCAGGUCGAUGGUGCAGGAUUGAAGAAAGUGACUGUUGAACUCUUAGCGAAGGGUAUGCAACACUCGGAGCAUAAUCCGCUUGCAGGAUUAGAGGGUCGAGCGGGUCUUUUGCAACGACUUUCCGAGGCGUUGAACAAUCAAGAGCUUUUUGGAGUUGACGCUCGACCGGGCAAUAUGCUUGAUUACCUCCUUUCCCACCCUACGACACUCGCAUCAUCAGUCCCAAUCGUGUCGAUACCCACAUUAUGGUCCGUGCUGAUGGACGGACUAGCUGGCAUCUGGCCACCAUCACGGACACAAAUCGACGGAGUUUCGAUCGGCGACGCAUGGAGAUGCUCCACCUUACCACAACAUCCGCCAGCUAAGCCCUGGGAGGGCAUUGCACCGUUCCACAAAUUAACGCAAUGGCUAUGCUAUUCCAUAAUGGUGCCCAUGACACGGUUGAUGAAGAUUCAUUUCGCCGGCGCGGAGCUUCUAACAGGUCUUCCGGAGUACCGAAACGGUGGUCUCUUGAUUGACUUGGGACUAUUGACCCUGAAGGAUGCGGAGAUGCAGAGGGGCCUCAAAGCUUAUGAAGACAAUGCUCGGAGAGAGGGUCAACCGAGCAUGGAGGUCGUUCCAGUGUUUUCAGCAGAUGACGACGUUAUUGUCGAAUGGCGAGCUGUCACUGUGGGAUUCUUGGACGAUUUGUUAGAGGAGGUCAAUCAUGAGCUCGGUCUUCGGGGAGAUGAUGCUCUUUCUCUAGCUCAAUUGCUUGAAGCUGGCACAUGGAAGGGCGGACGCGAGAUUGCAGAAGUCUCAAGACCAAACACGAAAGAGCCACCGAUUAUGAUUAUAUCCGAUGGCACAGUCUUCUGA